AGAGAUAUAUAUAAAUUUGACCCUUGACAAUAUAAAUAUAAUUCUUGACGACACCCUUUUUCCAACAAGCAAAUGUUGCGGCCAUUUUCUAGGCCAUCCUCUAAACUUGUUCACAGUCUACUAAAACCCAGCUCCAAUCACUCCCAUUACAACUACCACAAAUCCAGUCUUCAACUAGAAGACACAUAUUUACCUUUGCUUGAAAAAUGUUCCAACGAAAAUCACAUUUAUCAAACUCAUGGCUUCAUGGUACAUCGUGCUUUAGAUCAAGACAACUUCAUUCUCAGCCAAUUCUUCCACACAUGUUCUGCCCUUGGCUUUGUCAACUAUGCAUAUUCAAUUUUCACUUCCAAACCCAAUCCAAAUAUAUAUCUUUACAAUACUUUGAUCAGUAUCUUCUCUCGACAACAACAUUUAUCUAAGGUUGCAAUUUACCUUUAUAAACAAGCUCGAGCCAUUGGCUUAUAUCAUGAUACUUACUCUAUCCCUUUUGUGUUGAAUGCUGUAACUUGUCUGAUCACCUCUAGGCAAAUUCACUGUGAAGCUAUUUUAACUGGAUUGAACAAUGAUGUACACGUAGCAACGUCGGUUGUACGGAUGUAUUCUUCUUUUGGGUGCAUUUCUGAUGCACGUAAGGUGUUUGAUGAAAUGCGUAACAGACAUGUGGGCUUGUGGAAUGCCAUGAUUGUGGGUUAUGUUAAGGCUCAUGAUAUGGAUACCGCGAAGCACCUGUUUGAUAAUAUGCUGGAGAAGAAUGUGGUUUCUUGGACUACCAUUAUUGCGGGGUACGCUCAGGGGAAUCAGUUUUCUCAGGCUAUAGGUAUGUUCCGGAAAAUGAUGAAUGUGGAGGUUAGUGCUAAGCCUGAUGAAGUAACAAUGUUAGCUGCACUUUCAGCUUGUGCCCACUUGGGUGAGCAUGAGUUGGGUGAAUGGAUCCAUAGUUAUAUUAUAAAACACAGGUUACGCAGAACUGUAACUCUUAACAAUGCACUUAUUGAUAUGUAUGCAAAAUCGGGCAAUGUAAAGAAGGCAGUAGAAUUGUUUGAGAGUAUGGAAACUAGGAGUGUUGUUACUUGGUCAACAGUGAUUUCUGCAUUGUCUGUCAAUGGCUAUGGAAGAGAAGCACUUAACAUGUUUUCUCGGAUGAAAAUGGUUGGAAUUAAGCCAAACAGAGUCACCUUAAUAGCAGUAUUAUCUGCAUGUAGCCACGCAGGACUCGUGGAGGAAGGCAGAUUGUAUUUUAAGACAAUGGAAGAAAAACAUGGCAUUAGUCCUGACAUCAAACACUAUGGUUGCAUGGUUGAUCUUUUAGGGCGUGCUGGAUACCUCGAUGAGGCUGCAAAUAUGGUUAAAACGAUGCCGUUUGAAGCAAAUGCAGCAAUUUGGGGAUCACUUCUUGCUGCAGCCAGGAACCAAGGUCAUGUCAAACAUGGGGAGCAAGCUCUGAAGCAUCUAACUGAAGUUGAACCACAUAAUAGUGGGAAUUAUUCCCUUGUGUCCAAUACAUAUGCUGCUCUUGGUAGGUGGAGUGAAGCUAGGGUAGCAAGAACGAUCAUGAGGAACACAGGAGUCAAAAAGUUGCCAGGUGGUAGCUUCAUCAAGAUGAAAGAUCGAGUUUAUUAUUUCUAUUCAGGAGACAGAUCACAUUCUCAAUGUGAGAGAAUAUACAGAGUUCUUUCACAGUUAAACAGGGUGUCAAAGAUGGUACCGCAUGAAUAUUGGGGAUAUGAAGAGCUUCUUGAUGCUGAACCUCAAGAGGACCACUUAUAAGACAAGGGUUGAUUGUAAAAAUAGAGAAGCAAUGAUGGGAGAGCAGGAAGUGUUUGCAUCUGGAUUCUGAGGUCCGUCCGAUCUAGAAGCUGAAGCUAUUAGUAGGACAGCAACUUUACUUUCAUAUAAGUUAUCAUACCAAGUCAAAGUGCCUACAGUUCAACUAUAACUUUGGUAUCUCUCAUUUCAACUAACAUUAGCCCCUAACACCAUCUCUUUCCUAAUGGGCUGUUCAAUUCCUGUUAAAUUUGCCAUCUCACCUCACUCAAAUGUUCUAUAGGCUAAGGGUCUUAGAAAAAUAACUUAGCCCAGAAAAAAGGGGGUGUACUGAAUACAUAUAAUGAGCAAAUAAGCAUAUUCCCUGUGUAGCUGCUUCAGUAUUAGAUCAGGUGGAGCCAAAUGUACUCACAGUGUGCAUAUGGAUAAUGAAGAUGAUGGUUUAUUCACUUCCGUGGUUGAAAUUUAAAUCAGUAAAAGAUCAUAUUUGUAUCCAUGAUUCCAUGGCAUUAAUAGUGGCCUAGAUUUCACAUUGCUACUAAGGUUGUUUGUGGUUGUGAUUUCAGCAAGUAUUUUUUGUAUUGAAGCUGAUGUACACCAUCUUGGAAUUUUCCAUUACUUUUGGACAAUCAGGAUGACAUAUUGAACUAGUCAUAACAAAUCAAUUACAUGACAAGAAAUGAACAGAGAUAUGUUGUAUGUCGUAAUAAUGUAAGAAGUUGCCCGGAUUAGUACUAGGCUCAGUUGAUUUUUUCAAUG